AGGUUAGUGCACCGACCAGUGUGAAAGGAGGAACACGGAAGAGGAAUAAAAGCAAUCGCCAGCUCUUUCCAUUUAACCCCCAAGAGCUCCGUCACUGCUAUUAGCAUCCAGAGCUACAAAGCGGCCAGGAACAUUACAAGGCUGGAUUCACAGUCGCGGUACCUCUCCACAUACACUGCGCGAUAAGAUACAGAGGUGACCCAAGGCUUCAAGAAAUAAAUGCAUUCAUCUUGUAGAUGCAGACAAUGCCAUGAUACCCGUGCAGAUUAACACUGAGGUCGAUGUUACAGGAACUGGAAGAUACUGAGUUUGGCUAUGAAGGUGUAACAAGCAAUUGUUGAUAAAUUACCUCAAAGGAAUACAGUUGAUUUGUAAAUGCUGAAACAGUAUUAACAGCACCAUUCCAAGGAGAGUUAUUUUUGGAGAGUAUACACUUAGUCAUGUUUAUUGGGAAGAUUUCCACCUUGAGCCAUUUCAGUUCACAUUUGUUAUGUUCACUUCACUGACUCCUGAAUUUCUCAGCCAGUAGUUUUCUUCUAAACUAAUCUUCAUUACCAGUGUCCCUGAUCCAAGGAGAGUGCUACAAAGAUUGCCAUUGCGGAAGCAUGUCCAAAACCACAGAGAUUGUCAAUCUCUCAUUCUUAAUGGAUAAUGAAAAGGAAAUAAUCUUGGAGGUUUUACGUCGAGAUGAACAAUUGAGAAAAGCCGAAGAAAAGAGAAUAAGGAAGUUAAAGAAUGAGCUCAUCAAAAUCCGAGGUUCUUCAAUAAAUCGAAGAAAGCAGCAAACCAGUGACCGAGUCUGUAAACGAUGUCAGAAGACACUUGGCCUAAUCUUCUUCAGAGGAGACCUGUGCCAGACAUGCAAUGACCGUGUGUGUACACAAUGUCGAGUUAUAGUCCAUGAUGGGACCUGGAAGUGCACCGUGUGUGCUAAAGUUGCAGAGCUUAGGAUUGUCACUGGAGAGUGGUUUUUUGAAGCGAGAUCAAAACGAUUUGAACCUGCAUCGGGAAUGGGAUAUGAUAUCAUCAAACAGUCCAUCAUCAGGAAACCUAUAGAAGACAAGACUGACCAACCAAAGGGAAAAACAAAUCAGAAGAAUACAGAUGAAGGCUCAAGGACCUCCACAUUAACCAGAAAUGAGAAAAAAAUGGUUCCUGAAGUAUUCAAACGGAUUAAAAAACAAGGCAAGUCUAAUCAGAAGGUACAGAACGGUCAGGGAAUCGAUACAGCAUCUGAGGAUGGAAGACGUGUUAGCUACGCAGGUUCAGAUUUUGAAAUGGAAAGUCUACAUUCCACAACAUGGUCUGGCAGCAGAACAUCAACCCCGGUGCUCCAGAUCUCUCCAGCAUCCAGCAAACACAGCAUUGUGUCAGAGAGUAACAGGAGGGCUAAAUCUUCAGAAAGUGUUGACACUCUCCCAAUGAGUAACAGUGUGCCCAAGGAUCUGGCCAAAGGGAAAAACAAUAUGCCUAAAAUAGCAAUUUCCAGAUAUUCCAUUUCAUCAGAUCGCAGUAGAUCAGAGUUGGACCUGAGUGGAUCCUAUACAUCAGGAAACGAAGAUUCCAUUAGCCUCAGAAGUAAAAGUGUACCUGGAGGUCUCAAUGAAGCCAUGGAUUACCUUGAGGAAGAGGAAGAGGAGGAGGAAGAAGAUAUUGAUGACUUGGUCUCUAUGUAUCGCCCAAGCAGCGGAAGAAGCAGUCUGGGAAGUGGUUUAUCUGUGACCAGUUUAAACAGUAUGAUAAGUGUUUACAGUGAAACAGGAGACUAUGGCAAUGUGAACAUCAGUGGGGAAAUCCUCCUUGCAAUCAAUUAUAGCUACAAAAGCGGGGCAUUAAAUAUUGUUGUGAAGAAAUGUCGCAAUUUAGCAAUUGGAGAUGAAAAGAAACAGAGAACUGAUCCCUAUGUGAAGACUUACCUCCUCCCAGACAAAUCUCGCCAGAGCAAGCGCAAGACUAAGCUCAGAUCAAACACAACAAAUCCAGUGUACAAUGAAACAUUGAAGUACGUCAUUAGUCACUCACAAUUGGAGACACGAACUCUCCAGCUGUCAGUCUGGCACUAUGACAGAUUUGGACGCAACAGUUUCCUGGGUGAAGUGGAGAUACCAUUUGAUUCCUGGGAUUUGGAAAAUCAUGUUGAGGACUGGUUUCCACUGCAGCCAAAGGUGGAGGCUCCUGUAGAUAAUGUUCUACAGUAUAAAGGAGAAUUGACAAUUUCUUUGCGUUACGUCCCAUUUGGUCAGACACUGACUGUUCCAAAAGAACAUGGAAAAGCUAAAAGAAGUUUAAUUCGAGGAAAGAAAGACUCUGCCCAGGUAUCUAGUGGUGGAAUACUGGAGGUGUUCAUUAAGGAAGCCAAAAAUUUAACUGCAGUAAAAACAGGAGGUGUUUCAGAUACCUUUGUAAAAGGAUACUUGCUUCCUGACAACAACAAAGCUUCUAAGCAUAAAACACAGAUCAUAAAAAAGAGUGUAAACCCUCAGUGGAACCAUACCUUCACCUACAGUGGUUUACACCCAAAUGAUCUACAAAACGUCUCCUUAGAAUUAACGGUCUGGGACAAAGAAUCUCUUUCCAGCAAUGUUUUCCUAGGUGGUAUCAGACUCGGCUAUGGCAAUGGCCAUAGCUAUGGAAAUGAAGUUGAUUGGAUGGAUUCCCAAGGAGAGGAACAACACAUUUGGCUGCAAAUGAUAGCAAACCCAGGUGUCUUUGUGGAGAGCACAAUAAUGCUGAGAGCCAGCAUGGGAAAGCGCAAGUUUUAAGCCUGACAGACUAGAACAAUACAAUGUAAAAUACUACACACUGUUGAACUACUGUAUUUACUGAGGCUGCCAUGGUUGAGAUAAUUCUGUGACUGAAGAUUACCUUAUUAAAAAAACCUGAUUUCACAUCUUAGUUUUUGUAAAUACAUUUCCUUGGGAUUUUUAAGCAGUUCAUUUUUGAAAAAAGAAAAGCACCUGAUAUCUAGUACACCAUUGAGAAAAAAAUUUUUCUAGUUGUUCAGCUGUGUCUGUCUCCAUAGAAUCAGGAAUCCUCAGAGGUUUCACUGUUUUAUUGAAAGGUAGAGGCUCUCCUCUCAAAUACCACCAAUAAUUAUCUUGUCCCUUCUGAUGUUACUGAGUUAGCAAUCUCAAAUGCUGAAAUCUUACUUGUGCAAUAACUCCAGAAAGAUCAUAACUUAUAUAAGAAAAACAGGAUGCAGAGGAAGUCUUUUCCCAACAUCUGUAACAAACGUUUCUAUUUUAUGGCAGGUUCCAUUCUUUCCAUAGAUUGGUCAUUUCAAAACGUUCGUCUUUGUAUGCUACAGAUUAUUUUUGCUGUGAGAGGGAGCAACGAAGCUUAAGGUCAAUCCCAACAAUAAAUGAGAAAGCCCUACCUGAAUCUUUGUCUCACUUUGUUCCUUGUUUAUAAUUACAGUGUCACGAUUUUCUGUAAGCAAGGGCAGUAUAAAGUGCCUCAGCGAAAAUGAAUUAUUUGGUUAGGGUUAAAAGGAGGAAGUGUUGAAAUUUAAAACUGGAUAAAAAUCAAAAAGUUGGAGAACUGCAUUUCAAUUAAAUGAUCUUAAAUUCUAAAACAUUUGAGAAAAAAAUAAAACAGCAAAGCAUAAAUUACCCUCCCAAGAGUUAAGAAACCAACAUUUGUUAAUCAAUGUAGAAUGAUGUACUUGCUUCAUAGUCUGCAAUGUAAAGUACAUUAUCUAAUAAUAAAACUUCAGAAAGUGUCUGGAGACUCUUUGUUUUAGUCAUUGAUCCUUGACUUUUUUGUAGAAAACCAAAUUGUACCAAAAUCAAAUGAAUUUACAAGUACUCCUUAACAUUUCCUGUUGCUUUCAAAGCAGAGAGUCUGGAUUCUCAUCCAGUAAUUAUCCACUUGAGCCAUGCAAUUCUUUCUUGGAAAUCUCCAAAGAUUCUAAAGGUGCUACAGGUUACACAAUUAUAAAUUAAUUCAGCUGUAAUUAGAGCAACAGUUUUUUAUUUCAGGAUGUUAGCUCAUUGCUAUGAAUAGAAUAGUUUCAGCCACUGUGAAGUAAAAUAUUGCUUUUUUAGUAGUAACCUUACCUAUCAGCAUAUGAUUUAAGUUGCCAUAGUUCCACCCAUUCAAGAGAUGAUAUGGUGAGUUUAACUCAAGGCUCACCAUGCCUCAGGUGAGGGGCAAGUUCAAGAUCUGCAUGGUAACUUCAGCCAGUGCAGGAAUUGAAGCCACACAUAUGGCUUUACUCUACAUUGCAAACUAGCUGUCCAGCCCCAACUGAGUUAAAUGUCCACAGAUAAGACAAUAGAGAGGAUUAUGCAAGUUAUCCCUGGUUAUUGCUGAAUCAGCCAAUCUCAGUUGGAACUGCCAUAAGUCUGCUAUUUUUUGGCUUUAAUGUUCAGAAAUGGGAGUUGGAACUCCAGAAUGAAUACACUUGAUUUGUGAUAGCACACAAGGUCUUACCCUGAGUACAUACGCGGGGAUAUCAUUUUUGUUGAAAUUCUCCAGUCUAUUUCACAGCAGUCACAAAUGAAUGAUAUCCACCGAGUUUAAUGUUUGGUCAGGGAACCAUAUUGGGAACCAUUAACUUUGAGAAAGGGUAGCGAGAAAAAAAAUACUCACGAUAAAAUAUUCAACAACAGUGAGGGAGUAUGGAGAUUUUUGUAGUGAUAGAGUUCUCCAGCACGGGUUUGCUGGGAAUAAAGUGCAAUUGAGUAAUAAUUAAGUUAAACGUUAUUUUGUUUUGAAUUGUCAAAGUGAAAGACAUUGUAUUGCAUCUGUUACAAAACAGUGACUAUAUAAUUGUUACCAUUAAGGAGGAAUGAAUAACUCCAGAUUUAAAUAUUUUUAAAUAGAUAUUAUACUUUAUCUAUUCCUGUAACAGAUUAUCCAGCUCUGUUUUAAACCUUGCAAUUUCACAACAUCAUUUCUAUAUCUUUAAAAACAGCAUUUGUAAAACAAUUCCUUGUGACAUAAAAGUCUUCAUUGCUUCUAA